CUAACACGUGUUGAACAUAUUCUUUUGUUUAACACGAUCUAUUUGUUGAAUGCGAGAAGAGCUAUCAAAACAAUCAAACCAAGAACAAUACUCGUCCAUUAAUUAUUUCCGGUUUUGUUAUUAUCAGACUGCUCACUUGUUUAAAUGGGAAGAUAUUUUCUCCAAUUAUUAGCAAAGUUCGACUUCUAGACUAUAGUAUAUUUUUUACAUUUUAUACAUUUUUUGUACCUAAACACCACCGAGCUCAUAUUAAAUGCAAAAAUCUAGUUUAGCCUACCUUUUUAGGGAAAUAUAUUUUAAUUAAAAUACAAAAAUACAGUUUCAUACUUUGUAUCCGUCCAAUAAACCAUUUAGCCCUGAACUGCAGAAGGACUGUUAGAUGAAUUCGUAUUUGCAUUUCUUUUUUUAAUUAGCCAAAAUACUUUAACUAAUUUAUCUAAUCCUUCACAACUCAAAAGGACUUCAAACAAUGGUGGUGUUUUGGCAGUAUCUCAGGGGCGUUAGAUGCUUCAGGACCGGCCAUGCCCUACUCUUCGCCUCGCUUACUUUACUUCUCUCCUGGACGUGCCCGGCUUUAGGGAAGAAGAAACUGUACAUCGGCGCCUUAUUCCCGAUGAGUGGCGGCUGGCCAGGUGGACAGGCGUGCCUCCCGUCUGCCCAAAUGGCGCUGGAGCUGGUGAAUAAAAGAACGGAUAUUUUGCCGGAUUACGAGCUGGAGCUGAUAUACUAUGACAGUAUGUGCGAUCCAGGGGAGGCCACCAAGCUGCUGUAUGACCUGCUGUACACAGAGCCCAUUAAGAUUGUCCUGAUGCCCGGGUGUAGCUCGGUCUCCACACUGGUGGCAGAGGCAGCGCGGAUGUGGAAUCUCAUUGUGCUGUCCUACGGCUCCAGCUCUCCAGCGCUGUCCAAUCGACAGCGUUUUCCCACCUUCUUCCGCACACACCCCUCAGCCACCCUGCACAACCCCACCCGUGUACAGCUCUUCCAGAAGUGGAAAUGGACCAAGAUUGCCACCAUCCAACAAACUACUGAGGUUUUCACUUCGACGCUGGAUGACUUGGAGCAGAGAGUGAAGGAGGCUGGCAUAGAGAUCAGCGUGAGACAAAGCUUCCUCACUGACCCUGCUGUGGCUGUCAAAAACCUCAAGCGUCAAGAUGCCAGAAUUAUUGUGGGCCUCUUCUAUGAGACUGAAGCCAGGAAAGUCUUCUGUGAGGUUUUUAAAGAGAAGCUGUAUGGAAAGAAGUAUGUGUGGUUCCUGAUUGGCUGGUAUGCAGACAACUGGUUCAAGAUCAAAGAUCCGGCCAUCAACUGCACUGUGGAGAACAUGACAGAAGCAGUAGAGGGCCACGUUACCACGGAGAUCGUCAUGCUGAACCCGGAGACUGUCCGUGGGGCGUCAAACCUGACUUCUCAAGAGUUCCUGGCUCAGCUGAUGUCUCUGUUGGGAGGGAAGAACCCAGAGGAGACUGGGGGCUUCCAGGAGGCACCUCUGGCAUACGACGCUGUGUGGGCACUGGCCUUGGCCCUCAAUAAGACUGUAGGACCCCUGAAGGCCAAGGGACGGAGCCUGGAGGACUUCAAUUACAACAACCGUGACAUUACUGCAGAGAUAUACAGGGCACUGAACACCAGCUCCUUUGAGGGAGUCUCUGGUCAUGUGGUGUUUGACGCCCAAGGUUCGAGGAUGGCUUGGACUCUGAUUGAGCAACUGCAAGGAGGCAGCUAUAAGAAGAUUGGGUACUAUGACAGCACUAAAGGAAAUCUCUCCUGGUAUGGAAAUGACAAGUGGAUAGGCUCAGGCCCCCCAGCAGACCAGACUGUGGUAAUAGAGGAGUUCAGGUUCCUGUCUCAGAAGCUUUUUAUCUCCGUGUCGGUGUUUGCCGGUCUGGGAAUCCUGCUGGGGAUUGUGUGUCUCACCUUCAACAUCUACAACAGCAAUGUGAGAUACAUUCAAAACUCACAGCCUUACCUGAACAAUAUGACUGCGGUGGGCUGUAUGAUGGCUUUGGCCGCUGUGUUUCCACUUGGGAUUGAUGGGCACCAUGUUCAUAGGGCACAGUUUCCUGUGGUUUGCCAGUUUCGCCUGUGGCUCUUGGGUCUGGGCUUCAGUCUGGCUUAUGGAAGCAUGUUCACUAAAAUUUGGUGGGUUCACACCGUCUUCACCAAAAAGGAUGAAAAGAAAGAGAAAAGAAAGCAGCACCUGGAGCCCUGGAAACUGUAUGCCACUGUGGGGGUGUUGCUGGCCAUCGACAUCCUGUCUCUAAUGAUCUGGCAGAUCGUGGAUCCUUUACACAUCACAGUAGAGAAGUUCACUAAAGAGGCACCGAAAGGAGACUUGGAUGUUCUAAUUCAGCCACUCCUGGAGCACUGCAGUUCGGAGAAGAUGAACACAUGGCUUGGGGUGGUGUAUGGAUAUAAAGGCUUAUUGUUGCUGCUUGGGAUAUUCCUGGCUUAUGAAACCAAGUCGGUGUCGACGGAGAAGAUUAAUGACCACAGAGCGGUGGGAAUGGCCAUCUACAAUGUGGCUGUGCUGUGUAUGAUCACGGCUCCAGUCACCAUGAUCCUCUCGUCUCAGCAGGACGCUUCCUUUGCGUUUGCCUCUCUGGCCAUAGUUUUCUCUGUCUACAUCACCCUGGUGGUGCUCUUCAUUCCCAAGAUGCGGAGAUUAAUCACUCGAGGGGAGUGGCAGUCAGAGCAGCAGGACACCAUGAAGACGGGCUCCUCCACCAACAAUAACGACGAGGAGAAAUCACGCCAACUGGAGAGGGAGAACCGAGAACUGCAGAAGAUCAUACAGGAGAAGGAGGAGCGAGUGUCGGAGCUGCGCAGUCAGCUGGCUGAGAGACAGGCCCUGCGCUCCCGCAGACGGCCCUCCACACACAAUCAGAACCACAGCACGCCUCCUCCCCCGUCCUCACAAAACGACCCUAAAUCCCUCCUGCCCCCGCCUGGAUACCCCAUCCCUUCAUCAGAGAACCACUCCCUGCCCCCCUCCUUCUCCAACUCCUCAAACCUCUACCAGCCCGACAGCAAGAUCGGCCGCAACCACUGCCACACCAGCAGGCUCCAGCUGCUUUAUAAGUGACUGAGCGCGCGGGGCUUGUGGAGACAGAAGGAGGACAGCGUGAUUAUGAGCGGGAUCAGAGAGAGCGAAGGGGUGCGUUAUUUAUGGGGGACGAGCGUUUAGCAGGGAGAACAAGAGCAGUGUAAGGUGCGCGAAAGGAAUUUGUCAAGAACAAAUUUUAAUUGAGUCUAUUCUCUUUCCCUCUCACUUAAUGAGAUACAGUAAUACCUUGGGCAGUGACUGAGAAUUAAUUGAAUUACAUCUGAUAUGUUUUUGAUGAGUGCUUCAAGGUUGUUGUAAGCUUCCGGAAAGAUCAAUGAACGAUAAAAUGGACCCGGGGAUAGUGCUUGAGAAUGCGCCGGACCUACCCGGGCUUGCUGGGAGUUUCUCCUUCGCCUGCUUGGCUUGUUUGUACCCCGCCACUGUCCUUGUGUUUAGUCAAAUAAUUACUGACUUUUUACUGAGGAUGUCAAAUUAGUCACAAGCUGCAAUUAGAUUUUAUGUUUUAAAAUUGUGAUUUAAAGAGCAAGGUAUUCACUUAUUUUGUUUAGUUUCUAUUUGUAUCAAAUUUAUUUACCUGGUGCACAUUUUUACACAUACACUACUGACCAGCGGUGUGGAAUGAAACAGAUCGCAGGUCACUUCCUGCUGGACUGGAGCAGGGCACAUAUCGAGCAGUACACUUUUGGCCUCUGAUUGGGAAACAAACAGCUGCCAUUGACCUCGGGACUGGAGCAUCCCCGGUGGAUGGCAGAAUGAUUGCCAUGCACUGUUUUUUUCACGUUUGUUGCAGUAUUCUGAGGAUAGGAUAAAGCAACACAUUCUCACAAUGUCAAGAAUAAAUCAGCAAGCACAGAUUUAUUGCACUCCGUUCAGUGCUCUUGUUUAUUUUAGAAAUCAAGUGAACUGCAGCUGCAAUAAACACUUAAAUAUGUGUUAGGGAGUUUUACGCACCUAAUGGAAACAAUUUUGGUGUUUAAUGUAGCUCCAUUAAAAUAUAUUUCUCUAUUUAAAGUGGUGAACGUCUCUUAAGCUUGAAGCCUUGAACCUUAAGAGUACAAUAUUGCAAAUGUUUGAAUUGAGUUUAAGAUUCUUAAUGGCGUAACAGCAACAGAUUAUUUCAUAAGGAAAAUUGUUAUUUUGGGCUUAAUUUGUACUGUAUACAUUGCAUAUCUUUAACCUGCCCUAACAUUGCUCACAGAUUCUACAUUUUGACUUGGUAAAAACUUGUUGGAUCUACUUUUGCCAUGCUGAACCUAUUGGUAGAAACAUGUUGUUAUUAGUGAAGUCAUAAAAAGAAGCAAAUAAAUAAUUUCUUACUGUGGCACUGAAGGGAUUUAGGCCUUUCAGUUUCUGAAAAGCUAUUAAUUGCAGGCUGUCAGUUGGACAAAGAUUGGGAAAAGGUCUCAUUUGUGGAUGAAUGUACUAUAUAGAAAUGUAUUUCACAACAUGAGAACAACUCCUCAAAAAUAAUUCCUCUCAAGUGGGAAGUCUAAGCAACAUUCCAUGACAGGUACUGUAUGAAGCUGAGCAUUUUCACAGACACUUUGGCAAACAACAAAAAGUUAUAUUCACCCAAUACCUUCCCAAAGUUAUACUCACCCAAUACCUUCCCUAAGUUAUAUUCACCCAAUACCUUCCCAAAGUUAUAUUCACCCAAUACCUUCCCAGUUAUAUUCACCCAAUAACUUCCCAAAAAGUAAUAUGCACCCAAUACCUUCCCAAAAAGUUAUAUUCACCCAAUACCUUCCCAAAGUUAUAUUCACCCAAUACCUUCCCAGUUAUAUUCACCCAAUAACUUCCCAAAAAGUUAUAUGCACCCAAUACCUUCCCAAAAAGUUAUAUUCACCCAAUAUCUUCCCAGUUAUAUUAACCCAAUACCUUCCCAAAACAUUAUAUUCACCCAGUAACUUCCCAAAAAGUUAUAUUCACCCAGUACCCUCCCAGAAGUUAUAUUCACCCAAUACCUUCCCAAAACAUUAUAUUCACCCAAUUCCUUCUCAAAAAGUUAUAUUCACCCAAUACUUACGCCUAUUACCCCUUCUGGGGCAUAGGCCGUCAACAAGGGUUCUCCAGGCAUCCCGAUCCUGGGCCAACCUCUCCAGCUGUCCCCAGGUGUGCCCCAUCUUCUUCCAAGCUUCCAAGUCUCUGUGGCAGGUGUUUCGUGGUCGGCCUCUCUUCUCCCUUGGGGGUUCCACCUGAGAGAUUGUCUUGUGAUGCUCAAGGAUGGUUUACCGAGUGUAUGACCAAUCCAUCUCCAAUGGCGAUCUCCAUUCACCCAAUACCUUCCCAAAAAAGCUAUAUUCACCCAAUACCCAAAAAUGUAUAGUAGCCCAAUACCUUCCCACCUGGUCAAUUUGUGUUUUUUCUUUUGAUCCCUACCCUUUUUUUCCCUUUUUUUUUUUUUACCAAAAUGUAAUUUCAAAUCUGUGACCAUUAAGAUUAUUUCAUUUUACCAAGCCUUUUUGCUCUUUAUGUGCCUAUUUUUUUAGUUUACUGAAUUAUUCAUCUUUUCUUCUAAGAAACAUAGACCUUGUAUAAAUGUACACAGGUAUAGUAUGAAGGUCGCUUUUACCCUUUCAGUAAGGUUUAUUUAUAAAUCUCAACUCACUUUUCUACAGUGUUCUUAAUAAUUGCUCUUCUCUAAACAUGUUUUGUUACAAAAUAUUUGUAUUGAUCGCAUCCGCAUCUUUUGUCAUGUCCAUCUUCCUAUGUAUAUCUAAGAGAGAAAUACUAGCAGAAAGGUGCAUACAGAGACACACACAUGUGCGCGCGCCCACACACACACACACACACACACACACACACACACACACACAGUCACAUAGUACGUCAUUAUUAUUAUAAAUGUAUUAACUUGCACAUAUACAGAUGUAUUCCUCCGUGGUUUCAGAAAUACAUUUAUAUUUACUAUUGCAAUUGUUGUUCAAUAUAAGAUUAUGUGGUAUGCAAAGGGAAUGGCCGUUACAAUAAACUCAUUGUUUUUCACUGAA